AUGCCACGACGCGCCGUACGCAUCGCCAACUGCUCCGGUGCCAUACCCGAUCAGGGCGAUUUCAUGCUUCACCAGGCAACGGCUGGCCCAGUUGAUGUGAUCACUGGCGACUAUCUGGCCGAGGCCAAUCUCGCACAGUAUGCCGAGGCGUACGCCAGGGGCGAGCAUCCUGGCUGGGUAUCAACGGCAUGGGAUGGCUUGCAGCUCUCCCUCGGCGCCAUCCACGAGCGACGGAUCAAAGUUGUCAUUGACGGUGGGGCUCUGAACCCCAGAGGGCUCGCCGAGAAGACGGAUGCGCUUGCGCGAGAGAAGGGAUAUGAUCUCAGGGUGGCCUGGGUCGAAGGAGAUGAUCUCACAUUCAAGGUUCACGAUAUCCUCAAGCGCGAUGCUAAUGGCAAACUUCCACACUUUGACGCCAAGAACGAGGAGGUGCAGUUGGCCAAGGACACUGAGAACUUUCUCAAUGACCCAAAGAAGAAAAUCGUAGCUGCAAAUGCAUAUCUUGGUUGCCGAGCUAUACGAAAGGGGCUGGACGAGGGUGCAGACAUUAUCAUCUGUGGACGCGUGGCAGAUGCUAGCCCCGUGAUAGGCGCCGCAGCUUGGUGGCAUGGCUGGAGAGACGACCAAUUUGAUGAGUUGGCUGGUGCACUUCUUGCUGGGCACCUCAUCGAGUGCAGCACGUAUGGUACAGGGGGUAACUAUGCUGGAUUUGAUGAGUAUCCUAUCGAGGAUCUCCUGAAUUUGGGAUGCCCGAUUGCAGAAAUUGACGAAAGGGGAGAGUGCGUGAUCACAAAACACGAAAAGCUUAGGGGGAUCGUCACGGAAGAGGUUGUCAAGUGCCAGAUGCUGUACGAAUUGCAGGGCACAAUCUACUUGAACAGCGAUGUCAAGGCAGAACUGAAAAACGUCAUCGUCAAACAAGUUGGAGAAAAUCGUGUUCACGUCUCCCGGGCCAAAGGCUACCCGCCGCCACCGACUACCAAGCUCGCUGUCUUCUACAAGGGCGGGUUCCAGGGCGAGUUGACCAUGAAUGCUACUGGCUAUGCAGUCGAUCGAAAAUAUGAUCUUCAAGAAGCACAGCUCCGAGACAAGAUGGAGCAGUGGGGCCUGACGCAAAAGGUCGAUCUCCUGGAGCUUCAACGCGUUGGCGUUCCCGAGGCCAAUCCGAGAAGCCAGCUGGCAGCAACGACUUAUCUCCGCAUCUUUGUGCAGGCGGCCACAGCCGAGCUUGUCAAAGCCGUGCUCGGCGCCAUUGUUUACAACUUUAUGCAGCACUUUCCCGGCAUGAAUUGUACGCUCGACUGGCGGCUCAUGACGGACCCGUUGCCGUUCCUCGGAUACUUUCCCGCGCUCGUGAGUCAGGAUGAGAUCCAGGAAGCUGUCAGCAUCAUUGGGGGCCCAACGGACAAUGUCAGGAGAUGGGAAGUAGGAGUGCCGCUCAAGACGGAACCAUUAGAAGCGAGGGAGAACUACGAUCCCGUCUCGCCCCGGGCAUCCGGCGACUUUGGUCCUACCCGCAUGGUUCCGCUCGGCGAUGUGCUCCUUGCGCGUUCUGGCGAUAAGGGUGCCAAUGUCAAUGUCGGAUUCACACCGAGGGCUCGUCAGAACAAUGACGAUACGUGGGAGUGGAUGCGCGGUUUCUUGACUCGAUCACGCAUCAAAGAGCUCAUGGGAGAAGACUGGAAGGACUGGUACCACAUGGAGCGUGUAGAAUUUCCAGGGAUCAGAGCAGUGCAUUUUGUCGUGUACGGCGCCUUGGGCAGAGGUGUCAGCAGCUCGGCCAAGCUUGAUAGCCUGGGAAAGGGGUUCGCCGAAUUUUUGCGAGCCGUACACGUUCCUAUGCCGUUAAAGUUCCUUAGACGACCGGCAGUGAGUAGACUGUAG